AUGAAGUUCCUUCUCUUCACACUUUUUGGCAUUGUUCAAUUUUUAUCCCUGGCCUCUGGGAAAUCUAUACCCAAGAAUAAAUUCUCUCAUAAAUCCUUGAAAGAAAUGAAAGAAGAAAUAGCUGGCUAUGAAGAUGUUGCUGAAUCACUGAUCAAUCUUGCUGUGUAUGGGAAAGCCAAAAACCGGUCCUAUGAGAGAUUGUCAUAUUUUAUUGAUACGGUUGGACCCCGGCUGAGUGGUUCUAAGAACCUAGAUAGAGCCAUCGAAAUCAUGUACAAAAACCUACAGCAGAAUGGGCUGGACAGUGUGCACCUAGAACCCGUCAAAAUACCCCACUGGGAGAGGGGAGAAGAAUCUGCCGUGAUGCUAGUGCCACGACUUCACAAAAUGGCUAUUUUGGGUCUUGGAAGCAGUAUAGGAACGCCACCUGAAGGUAUUACAGCAGAAGUUUUGGUGGUGACUUCUUUUGAUGAGCUUCAGAGAAGGUCCCCAGAAGCAAAGGGGAAGAUUGUUGUUUUUAACCAACCUUUCGUCAGCUAUGCCAUAACAGUGCAAUACCGAACCCACGGGGCGGUGGAAGCUGCCAAGGUGGGGGCUUUGGCCUCCCUCAUUCGAUCCGUGGCUUCCUUCUCCGUCUACAGUCCUCACACAGGUAAUCAAGAAUACCAGGACGACGUGCCCAAGAUCCCCACCGCCUGUAUCACAGUGGAAGACGCCGAAAUGUUAACAAGAUUGGCUUCCUAUGGAAAAACAAUUGUCAUUCAGCUGAAGAUGGGAGCAAAGACCUACCCAGAUACGGUUUCAUUCAAUACUGUAGCAGAGAUCACUGGGGACAAGUACCCAGACCAGAUUGUGCUGGUCAGUGGACAUCUGGACAGCUGGGAUGUUGGGCAGGGCGCCUUGGAUGAUGGUGGUGGAUCCUUCAUAUCAUGGGAAGCACUCUCGCUUAUUAAAGACCUGGGGCUGCGUCCAAAAAGGACUCUGCGUCUGGUACUCUGGACAGCAGAAGAACAAGGUGGAAUCGGAGCCUUACAGUACUAUCGGCUACACAAGGGAAAUAUUUCCAAUUAUAGUCUGGUGAUGGAGUCUGACGCAGGAACCUUUCUUCCCACCGGGCUGCAGUUCAGUGGCAGUGAAAGGGCCAGGGACAUAAUGAAGGAGAUCAUGGGCUUGCUGAAGCAUCUCAAUGUCACCAAGGUCUUUACUGGAGGAGAAGGGACAGACAUUAACUUCUGGAUUCAAGCUGGAGUGCCAGGUGCCAGUCUAAGUAAUGACCUAUUUAAAUAUUUCACCUUCCAUCACACCUAUGGAGAUACCAUGACUGUCAUGAACCCAAAGCAGAUGAAUGUUGCUGCUGCUGUCUGGUCUGUUGUCGCUUACGUCGUUGCAGACCUAGAAGAAAUGCUACCCAGAACCUAACAUUAGCAAGA